GGUAUUCGUAUGUUUAUACAGAUAUUUUUUCACUGAAGCUAAAAAGAAACUAUUCAAAAAUGUUUUAAAGUUAAAAAGCUGAUUUUUCAUUCAAUUAAAAAGUGAAAGCAGAACCCUUUUAAAUAAUAUACAAUAAAAUUUCGUACUUCUCCAUCUAAAUCAAAAAUGUCGGAUGCAUUGUCGCAAGUUGAGACCAAAGGUGAAGUGAUUCCAGAGAAUGGAUUGAACGAACCGAAAAAUAGCGCAAACAUAAGCACCGAAAGUGAAGCUAAUCAUAAUAAUGAUAGCAAUAAAAGCGCAUUAAAUGAUACUGCUGGCAGCUAUGCAGAUUAUGAAAAGUUUAUCACGUAUGGAGAGGAUGGAAUGGCUAUUUAUACCAACCCAGCUACAAAUUAUCAAUAUGUCUUUGAUAAGGAAAAGAAUCAAUGGGUUCCCAAAGAUUCUGAAACGUCCGCAAGUAAUCCGUAUGAAACCGAACAUUAUCGAUGGUGUACGAAAACAAAAGAAUGGAUAUUGAAAGACGGUGCAUCAGAACAAGAAGAAAAUCCAUAUGUGAAUGAACACUACAAAUGGAAUCCUGAAACAAAUAAAUGGGAUGCAAAAAAUGGUGAUCAGCGAUUUGCCACUUCGGUAUUUGUUGAUGGUCAGCAUUUAUACACGGACGCAGAUGGGACUGUCUUCUUUUGGGAUGACGAGAAAAAGGCAUGGUUUCCAAAAAUCGAUGACGAUUUCAUGGCAAUUUAUCAAACUAAUUAUGGAUUCAUUGAUAAUACUUCAACAAAAGAAACAACUCCAUCGUCUGGUCACGUUGAGGAAACUAAAGCCGCAACAUCAGCAGCAAUAACAACAGAUCAAUCAGAGAAAGAUCAAUCAACCGGCAAACGAAAAGCAAAUCAACCGCAAUGGUUUGAUGAGUCGCCCGACCAAUGCACAAAAGUUUACGUAUCCGAUUUACCUGAUGACAUCACGGAAGAUGAAUUCGCUGAGGUUAUGUCCAAAUGCGGAAUGAUAUUUCGGGACCCAAAAACAAAAAAGCUAAAAAUAAAACUAUAUGCUGAGCCAAGCGGACAAUUGAAAGGUGAUGGUUUAGUUCAUUAUAUACGUGUUGAAUCGGUCAAAUUGGCAAUCGACAUGCUGGAUGGUUACGAAGUACGUGGACGUAAAAUUAAAGUUCAACGAGCACAAUUCCAAAUGCGCGGUGAAUACAAUCCAGCACUGAAACCAAAGCGAAAAAAACAAGAUAAGGAAAAGGUGAAAAAGUUACAAGAUAAACUGUUGGAUUGGAGACCGGAUAGAAUGCGCGGCGAACGUGGUAAACAUGAACGCGUUGUUAUCCUUAAAAAUCUGUUCGAACCGGAAAUAUUUCACAAUCAUGUCGAUUUAAUAAUUGAGUACAAAAAUGAUCUUCGCGAUGAAUGCUCGAAAUGUGGCACUGUGAAGAAGGUUGUUAUUUAUAGCGGUGAAGCCGAAGGUGUUGCUGAAGUUCGAAUGAGCGAUCCAGAAGAGGCCGAUUUAGUCGUUCAAAUGAUGCACAGGAGAUAUUUUGGGAAGCGUAUGCUUUCGGCAGAACUGUGGGACGGUAAAACAAAGUUUAAGGCUAACGAAACGGAAGAUGAACUCAAAGAACGCUUGUCCAAAUGGGAUGAAUUUCUCGAAGCUGAUGAUAACGAUAAUAAAUCAACACCAACGGAAACAACAACUACCGAAACAACAACUGCCGAAACAAAGACAGAUUGAAUUGUUAUUAUAAUGUUCGAAUAAAAUGUACUAUAAUUUUAAGUGAGAUUUAAUUUCAAUUCCAACAAUUUCUUGUCCAAAUAUAAUUUAAAAAAAGUAAAUUUUGAAUAAAGAUGUUGCAAACAAAAAUUA